AUGGGGCUGGUUUUAACCCAGCGCUCUGACCUAAAGUGCUCAGCUCCCGGAAAUUCCAAGCUGUACUCCUUCAGGUGGAUCAACACGCACACGACAUGGGAAAAAAAGACCAAGAGGACAGCUGACAGCUCUUCUUCAGAGGAUGAGGAGGAAUAUGUGGUGGAAAAGGUGUUGGACAGGCGCAUGGUUAAGGGGCAGGUGGAAUAUCUGUUGAAGUGGAAAGGCUUUUCUGAGGAGCACAAUACUUGGGAACCUGAGAAGAACUUGGAUUGCCCUGAACUAAUUUCUGAGUUUAUGAAAAAGUAUAAGAAGAUGAAGGAGGGUGAAAACAACAAGCCCAGGGAGAAAUCAGAAGGAAACAAGAGGAAAUCCAGUUUCUCCAACAGCGCUGAUGAUAUUAAAUCUAAAAAAAAAAGAGAGCAAAGCAAUGAUAUCGCUCGGGGCUUUGAGAGAGGACUGGAACCAGAAAAGAUCAUUGGGGCAACAGAUUCCUGUGGCGACUUAAUGUUCUUAAUGAAAUGGAAAGACACAGAUGAGGCUGACCUGGUUCUUGCAAAAGAAGCUAAUGUGAAAUGUCCACAAAUUGUGAUAGCAUUUUAUGAAGAGAGACUGACGUGGCAUGCAUAUCCAGAGGAUGCGGAAAACAAAGAAAAAGAAAGCGCAAAGAGCUAAAGGAGGAGGCAGUCUCUGUCAUUUUUCUUUGUAUAUAAUACCUUCACCUUCCUGCCUCCUCUCUUCUCCCACCCCUUUCCAUCCUAAACACAUCCAUAAAAAUAAUGUGCUUAUCACUGUGCUCCACGGGAGAGAUGUUGGUAUUGGUUCUCUUGUAAUAUAACUGAUAAUCUGAUUCCUAAGUGUAACUCCAUGAAAGUCAGGCAUUACAUCAUUUACAUGCCCUGUG